AUGGAGCCGCCGUUUGUCCAGCAGCAACUCCUGAAGCUCGGGGUCUCUGCGCUGCAGCACGGCAGAGUGGAGGACUGGCAGGUGGAGCCUUUGGUCGACAAGCUCCUGGACACCCCGGGGCUCUCAGUGAGAGACUUGCAGGUCCUCUUCCGAACAACCAGCAGCCAGCGUUGGUCCCAGGCACUUCGUUUGCUGCAGGCGCUGCGCCUGCGCGGGCGGCCCCCGAGCGCCGCGCUGGGAGACGUGACGCUGGCCUGCGAGCAGGCGGGCCAGUGGCAAGCGGCCCUGGGAUUGGUGGAGAGCAUGCGCCUGCAUCGUUUGACGUCACGCCUUGCAGAGACUGCCUCAGGGUGGCGGCUCAGAGAGGGCGCGGGCGAGAGUGGACAGAGCCUGUCGUCUAAGCUGCCUGACCGGAACCAACGGGAGGCUUUGGAACUCCGUCUUCGAUCAGGGCGCCGAGCAGAGGUAUCGCUCGCUGCAGCGGCCAUGAGACGUUUUGGCACACCGCGGCCUCGUGACUACACCCUCGUUAUGACAGCCUACGGUCGUGUCGACAUGUGGGAGGAAGCAGUGGCACUGCUAGAUGAGAUGCGCUCAUGUGCAUACGACCCUGGCGUCAUCAACUUUAAUUGUGCACUGGCGGCAUGUGAACGUGCCGGUGCCUGGCAAGCGGCAAUGACAAUCUUGGAUGGUAUGAAAGGCUCACAGAUUUGCCCGGAUCAGUUGAGUUUUAUGGCUGUGCUCGGGGCAGUGUCUCAGCAGAGCUUUUGGCAGCAUGGGUUGCAGCUGCUCACCGACAUGGAAUCCUCGAGCGAGGCUCCAGAUGCCAUGGCCUAUUCAGCUGCUAUGGGUGCAUGUGGGAGGUCCAAGCGGUGGUGGGUUGCAGUUGCAUUGCUUGGCAAAGUGAAGUCAAGUGAAUUAAUCCCGGAUGAGGUUAUGUACAAUACAGUGAUCAGCGCAUGUGAGCAAUCACGCAGAUGGCAGCAGGCACUUGCACUCUUGCGCGAGGUUGCCCCGUCAAAGAGCGCGCACGAGGCGAGCCAACCACAACCCGAAGUCGACUUUUUAGGCAUGACUGCCCAGGACUGGGCACCGCUGGAAGAGGAACUGCAGCUCAAGGUGGCAGAGGAGGAACAGGAGGAUGAAGGGGUGGAGGAGGCGUGGCAAGCAUUUCGCAAGACUUAUCAACUUGCGGAUUUGCCCAAGCAGGAGAAAAGAGACGGUUGGGAUGCUGCUGAGCAAGUGCUGCGAGGAUUUGAAGGCAUUGACCAGCAGAUACUGAACGUCUACAUCUUUAGCUCCACGAUAAGCGCAUGCGCCAAAGGCCAACAAGUGGAUCUGGCCCUGGAGCUUUUGGAUGAAAUGGUCUACUACAAGCUUCGCGUGAGUGCCAUCCCCUUGUCCGCCAUUGCAAGCGGCUGCGCGGAUGUUGGACGCUGGCAACUGGCACUGCAGCUGUUAGGUCGGUCUCUGCCGGAUGUGCCACUUUUCAACUCAGUGAUGUGGGCGGUUGGCAAAGCGCAUCGCUGGCAGCAGGCGUUGCUCGGUGCGGCAGCGGCCGCCUGUACUGAUGGGAGCUGUGAGAAGGGCAAGCCAGGCGUUUUGCUGAUGCAGACGAAGCCUGGAAACCUGCAGAAGGCUUCUUCCGCGGGCCGCCAGGUUGAUCUGACAACCGUGAUUGAUGAGAUCCAGUCCUUGAAGCAGGAGAUGACAAGCAUGAUGACUUCCGUGGAGUCCAAGGCCAGCUGCUGCUGCAACCGAACAGGAAGCUCUGGCUCUGGCACCAAGGUAUUCGAACCCGGACUCUGCGCAAUUUUUGGCGACCCGCACUUCAUCACCUUUGACGGAGCGCAGACGACGGUAGUGGGCGACAUGGUGCAGUGGCUGGUGAAGAGUGACAGUGUCUACAUGCAAGCCCUCGCCAGAGGAAGCGAGGGAAGGAUGGAGGGCUUCGCGGUGGGCGGGCCCUUCCUCUAUGGCCACACCUUGGUGAUUUCCAAGGAGCCCAAUGGCGAGGCCAUCAGCGUUGCCUAUGAUGGCAAGGACAUCCUGCAGGGCGCGGUGGACGAGUUCCAUGUGCCCAACGUUCUGCACGCAUUCCGAAGACAAACCUGGGACUCAAGUGUCUUCGAUGAGCGGAUCCUCAGCCUGCGGACGAACAUGAGGUUUGCUGUGGGCGAGUUUGAUGGGCGCUUCCAGGGCGAGUUGCCUCCCAGCGGCCUCAUGCUGUUCAGGCUGCCGAAGGGCAUUGAUGUGACCAUCUCUGGAGUGGACUACAUGUCUGUGGUGGUCUCUAUGGCUCAGGAGGUCACCGGGCAGAGUGGCUACUGCGGGAACUUCAACGGGGAUCCGGACGAUGACGCGGAGCCCGUGGUGCCAUCCUGGGACCGACCCAUUGGCGACAACUUGGAGCCAGUGCCGGAGGCUGCUUGGCUAUUUCCCAGCGAGACAGUUUUGCUGACGCUCGGCGACGCGUUGAAGGUGCACAAGACUGAGGCCGAGGAGCAGGCCGCGCGACUGAAACGCAUCGAGGAAUGCCCCGGGGUCUUGCUGACCAAGGCGGAGGCAGCCUGCAAUCACCUCACGGCAGCUUACCACAAGUUUUGCGUCUUCGACGUUUGCCUCACAAAAGACAUGGCUGCUGCUAAGUCUUCGGGUGCCGCAGCUGUGAUCCAGCACAAGGUGAAUGCCAGGGGUGUGCCGAUGUUCAUGGGCCACGGCCGCUGUUUGGACAAAGACGGCAAUACCUUCACCGGCCAUCUCACCAAAUUGCGCUCCGACACAGCCUGCCAACAGCUUCUUCGCACCCUGGCCUUGACGGAUGGGGUCAUGGGCGCCCAGCUGAAGCGCGGCGGCGUUUGCGAGGCGGCGGGCCGCAGCCAAGAGAGACGCCAUUUGGGCAUGCCUUUGAUCAACCCACCAGGAUAG